GAUCGAAUUUCAGGGGGGAGUGAUACCCACUGAAGUGAGGGAGGAGGGGGUUGUGUGUGUGUGUGUGUGUGUGAGGACGUAAGGAGCAGAACAAAUCUUCUAAAACCCGACAAAGCGUCUGAGGACAGUACUACUAUGAUUUUCGUGGAAGAAGACGUUCUGCUGUGAGAGAUCAUAAAUUGAUGGAUUCUUCUUUUUGGAAUUUAUAUAUAUUUUUUACGCAUUACUUCUUCAUAAAGUACAUAGGCCCUUCGUUUGGAUGAAGAGUGCGCUCGCGGUGGAACACUGACAUGUUUUGAGUUGAAGAAACUGUAUGAACUUGCUGAAUAAGGAAAGUUUUGGAGACGUAACGUUAGCUAGCUAACCAUUUCAAGUUCUUUUCAAGGAUGUAUGCAUUUCAAUUCAACAUUUUUCAAGUGCAAUGGAACACCAGUAAUUUCGGGAUUUAAGAGUCUCGCCAGUGAUCUGAGUUGUUGCUCGUUGGAUUUGAGGGUAAUAAAAAUCGUUUCUUGGCAUUUUUGGUAAUGUGAAGAGAAUUCGCUCCGUGAGGACUAUAAAGGGUACACGCCUCCUGCCUUUUCCGUGCAUGCGACUCGGAGGUCUUUCAGACUUUGUAGUUAUUCGUGCGUUUCCUCAGCCCAGGUGAUUGGGGGAAUUCACAGUGAGUGACAGGCCACACAGCCUGCAGUUGAUGAUUGGGUGGAGCCCUUCAGAUGGGAUCAGUGUCCAGGGGGAGGCGGAGCCUGAGGAGGGGGGGAUGGGGGGGAGACUUGCCCUCCUCUAACAGGAUGGCCUCGUGGGCCUGGCUGCUCACCGCCGUCCUGCUGUCCCUAGUGAUGGCUACUGUGGCGAGGCCACCGUACACUGUCGCCGAGGAAGAGGCUACGCUAGAACCUGAAGAGCCUCCGACCAAAUACCAAAUCUCUAAGCCCACCGUGUGCUCGGUGCACCCGGGGGAAUUGCUGAAGCUCAACUGCCCUCUGCCCGGGGAGGUUGGGACCAUCACCUGGACUAAGGAUGGUUCCUUUCUGGGGGUCAACAACCGCACCCUGAUAGAGCGGGAGGUGCUGCAGAUCCGCGACGCCUCGCCCAAGGACUCGGGCCUGUACGCUUGCAGCACCGCGGGCCCUCAGGGCAGCGACACACUCUGCUUCAUAGUGAAUGUCACAGAUGCCAUCUCGUCUGGGGACGAUGAGGACGACACAGAGCGAUCAGAGGACGUGGGGGUGGACGGAGAGCAGAUAAGGGCUCCCUAUUGGACGAUGCUGGAGAAGAUGGAGAAGAGGCUACAUGCUGUACCUGCUGCCAACACAGUCAAGUUUCGCUGUGCUGCCGGGGGCAACCCACGUCCUAAGAUGCGCUGGCUGAAGAACAGCCGACCAUUCCGACAGGAGGACCGCAUGGGCGGGUACAAGGUGCGUCACCAGCACUGGACCCUGAUCAUGGAGAGUGUGGUUCCAUCCGACAAGGGCAACUACACUUGCCUGGUGGAGAACGCAUAUGGCACCAUCAACCACACCUACACCCUGGAUGUAGUGGAACGGUCCCCUCAUAGGCCCAUUCUCCAGGCAGGGCUGCCAGCCAACACCAGUGUGAAUGUAGGGGAGGACGCACGCUUCGUGUGUAAAGUGUACAGUGAUGCUCAGCCCCACAUCCAGUGGCUGCAGCACAUCCAGAAGAAUGGUAGUCGCACCGGCCCAGAUGGACACCCCUACGUCCGUGUACUGAAGACCGCAGGUGUAAACACCACGGACAAGGAGAUUGAAGUCCUCUACCUCCCCAAUGUCACUUACGAGGAUGCUGGGGAGUAUACCUGCUUGGCGGGUAAUUCUAUUGGGAUCUCCUAUCACACUGCUUGGUUGACGGUGCUUCCAGCCAAUAAGGAAGAGACAGUGACGGGUCUGACAUCACCUGACUACGUGGAGAUAGCCAUAUACUGCAUCGGGGUGUUCCUGAUCGCCUGUAUGGUGGUCAUCGUGGUGGUGUGCCGAAUGAGGAAUACGGCUAAGAAGCCUGACUUCGGGAACCAGCCAGCAGUCCACAAACUCAGCAAGCAGAUACCUCUGCGUCGCCAGGUAACAGUGUCAAAUGACUCCAGCUCCUCGAUGAACUCCAGCACCCCAUUGGUCCGCAUCACCACACGACGCAGCUCGGCCGGCCAUGACGACCCCAUCCCAGAGUACGACCUCCCAGAGGACCCACGCUGGGAGUUUUCCAGAGACAGGUUAACUCUGGGCAAGCCGCUGGGCGAGGGCUGCUUUGGCCAGGUGGUGAUGGCCGAAGCAUUGGGCAUUGAUAAGGACAAGCCCAAGGAGGCCGUCACAGUGGCUGUGAAGAUGCUGAAAGACGAUGCUACAGAAAAGGACCUGUCUGAUCUGGUGUCAGAGAUGGAGAUGAUGAAGAUGAUCGGUAAACACAAGAACAUUAUCAACCUGCUAGGGGCCUGUACACAAGAUGGUCCUCUAUAUGUGAUAGUGGAGUAUGCCUCUAAAGGGAACCUGAGGGAGUACCUACGUGCCCGCAGGCCCCCUGGCAUGGAAUACUCCUACGAUAUUACCCGCUGCUCAGAUGAACAGCUCACCUUCAAGGACUUGGUCUCCUGUACCUACCAGGUGGCACGGGGCAUGGAAUAUCUGGCCUCACAGAAGUGUAUACAUAGAGAUCUAGCAGCGAGGAACGUCCUGGUCACAGAGAGCAACUUCAUGAAGAUUGCUGACUUUGGCCUGGCCAGGGACGUCCACAACAUCGAUUACUAUAAAAAGACAACUAACGGUCGUCUCCCGGUGAAGUGGAUGGCUCCAGAGGCACUUUUUGACCGUGUGUACACUCACCAGAGUGAUGUCUGGUCAUUUGGGGUGCUGAUGUGGGAGAUCUUCACCCUGGGGGGUUCUCCGUACCCUGGUAUCCCCGUAGAGGAGCUCUUCAAGCUGUUGAAAGAGGGCCAUCGUAUGGACAAGCCUGGCAACUGCACCAAUGAGCUGUACAUGAUGAUGAAAGACUGUUGGCAUGCCAUCUCCUCCCACCGGCCCACCUUCAAGCAGCUGGUGGAGGAUCUAGAUCGCAUCCUCACCCUGGCCACAAAUGAGGAGUAUCUGGACCUGUGUGCCCCAGCCGAGCAGUAUUCUCCCAGCUUCCAGGACACACACAGCUCCUGUUCCUCCGGUGACGACUCCGUGUUCUCCCAUGACCCCCUGCCAGACCAGCCCUGCCUCCCCAAGUACCAGCACAUCAAUGGAGGCAUCAAAACAUGAGCCCUCCUCCUCUA